AUAAAUGUUACUUUCAUUUUUGGAAACAUGUGCUACCUUGGGAAAUGGGGCAGGUGUUAAACUAAUUCAGAUCUAUAGAAUUCAAGUAUGACUUCUCUCCGAGUGAUGUGUGUUGGGCUGGCAUGUGUUGACAUUGUAAGCGUUUGUAAAAAUUAUCCCGAAGAAGAUAGUGACCAAAGAGUUCUGGAUUUCUACUGGCAGAAGGGCGGCAAUGCUGCCAACUCCAGCUCCGUGCUGUCACUGCUGGGAGCAGAGUCCGAGUACUUGGGAAGCUUUGCCAAUGACAAUGAGAUGAGAUUUUUACAUGAGGAUUUUUCCAGUAUGGGGGUGUCCACCUCUCACUGUCGUACUUAUGACUCUGGGUUCAUGACCCCCACCUCCAUCAUCAUAGUCAACUCACAGAAUGGAUCCAGGACCAUUCUUCAUGCCAGCAAAAAUUUGCCAGAAGUAUCUUUAGAGGAUUUCAAAAGAAUAAAUCUAAGUCAUUAUAAAUGGAUACAUUUUGAGGGAAGACCUAGUUUCAACACACCAACCCAUGAGAUAGUCCGGAUGCUAGCUCAUAUUGACCAACACAACAACUCCAGGUCUGAAUCGGAGCAGCUCCAGACGUCAGUGGAACUUGAAAAACCAGCCAGACCAGAAUUAGAUCAGCUUUUGGAUAAGGCCAAUUAUGUGUUUGUCAGCAAGGAGUAUAGCAAGAAUAAAGGACUGACCAGCAAAGAGAAGGCAGUCAAAGCUUUUAUUCAGAAAUGCAGACAGGGGGCUUCGGUUAUCUGUGCCUGGGGUGAGGAUGGUGCUGCUGCCAUGGAUUCGCAGGGUCAGCUAGUGACGUCCUGCUGCUUUCCUCCCAAUAAACUCCGAGACACUCUAGCAGCCGGAGACACAUUCAAUGCUGCCACUAUUUUUGCUCUGAUGGAGGGAAAGACAUUGGGUGAAGCCAUUACAUUUGGUUGCAAGGUAGCUGGUGCCAAGUGUGGGAUUCAAGGAGUCAGAGGACUAAGAGAUAUUAAAUUCUCUUAAAAAUUAUAAUAUCAAUAGUGUAGCUUAAAAAUACCAAGAUCUGUUUAUGUAAAUGCACUGAUUUGUUUCUAUUGUUAAGAAUAUUAAUUGGCUUCUGAUAUUUUGUUGAUUGUAUCUUUUUAAUAAACAUUUUUUUAUACACAAAA